UGCGGCUCAGUCAGGUGUGCAGGAGCGGAAGGCACCCUGGGCGGUAUGGCGAGUUGGUGGCGUGUGUUUCCACGCGCGGCGCAGCGCUAUCCGUGGCCCACCAACGUGCUGCUCUACGCCGGCCUCUUCUCGGCGGGUGAUGCGCUGCAGCAGCGGCUGCGGGGAGGCCCGGCCGACUGGCGCCAGACGCGCCGCGUGGCCACCCUGGCAGUAACCUUCCACGGCAACUUCAAUUAUGUGUGGCUGCGUCUUCUGGAGCGCGCGCUGCCGGGCCGCGCGCCGCGCACGGUUCUGGCCAAGGUGCUGUGCGACCAGACUGUCGGUGGGCCCAUUGUCCUGUCGGCCUUCUACGUCGGUAUGAGCAUUCUCCAGGGAAAGGAUGACAUAUUUUUGGACCUGAAGCAAAAAUUCUGGAAUACAUAUAAGAGUGGUCUGAUGUACUGGCCCUUUGUGCAGCUGACCAACUUCAGCCUUGUCCCUGUGCACUGGAGAACAGCGUACACAGGACUGUGCGGUUUCCUCUGGGCCACCUUCCUGUGCUUUUCCCAGCAGAGCGGUGAUGGCACAGUGAAGUCCGUGUUCAUCCUCUUUAGCAGGAAGGAGGCGAGUGACAGGCCUCCAGAGGAGUGAGGAAUCCAGGACUCCCGUAGAGACUCGGUUUUGUGUCUCCAUUGCUCUCGGUCACCUGCAGCAGGCCUGCGUCACCAACCAGUUAUUAUGGGUUCCAUCAUGAAGAAUUCCUUUUCCAUAGGCCAACUUGUUUUGAAAUUAUCAAUGAUUUUUUUUAACUGUUAUCCAAACCUUACCCAUUCAUUCCAGCCUGAAAGUCUUCCUUCCAGGUUUUCACAUCUCUGGUGCUUUGGCUAAAAUUACAAGUGACAGGUGACAUUUUGAAGUUAUUAAUAUUUCUAUUCUAAUAUUAUAAGGCCAGUUGAGUUUUAAAAAACCUCCAGUGUUGAUUGUUUAUAUUUCUAGCCUAAACUCUCAGGCUAUUUCUUACACAUGUUAGGAUCAAAUUGCCUUUUGUCCUUAUAGUUCAGUUCCUAUGUAUAUAGAGUUCAGUCAAGACAUUUGAAUAAUAAUCCUCCCCAGAUACUCGAUAAUAAUUUAUUACAUCAACACUGAAGUUCUUUGUUUGUUUCUUUUUUGAGGCAGAGUUUCUGUCCUGGAACUGGCCUCGAACUCACAGUGAUCCACUUGCCUAUGCUCUUUAAGCAGAUGCUUUUAUCUUCAGAAAAGGAACAGUGUUGGGCAUCUUCUGGAUAGAAUAUUUACUGUUACUAUCUAUUUUUUAAAGGUAGGGUCUCUCUUUGUGUAGCUCAGGCUACCCUGGAACUCCGCCUUACACAUGCUGAGGUUAUAGGCAUGCGCCAUCAUGCCUUGCUCUCCCACUGUUCUCCCAUCCAAGCUUGAUAGCUUCCAGCUCUGCAAAGAAAAAAUUGACCAACGCACCCUCAUUCCUACAUAUAGGAAAUAAAAUAUUUGAUUUCUUAA